UGGGCGUCAGCAAGCAACCAGCUUCAGAACCACGGACGUGAGUUGUGGCGGACAGCUAACGUUCUGGAGAAAAUGUCUGAUUUAAGUGACUUUUUACGUGCCAGAGGAGUCCCCGAAGCUUCUAUUGCACUAAUGGAAGAACAAAAGAUCUAAUUAUAAUAUGCCGAAGAGCCCUAGAGGUUGGUACAGGAUACCUGACAACAAGCUCAGAUGAAACCAGUUUCAGCACGGACUCUUCUUCGCUGUGCCUCAAGUUAAUCUUCUGUUCAUAUGCUCAGUCAACAGGAUGGUGAACAAUCUGCUGCUUUUAGUCUCUUGUUUCCUGUCUUCAUAUUCUGCAUCAGAUAAUCUGAUCAGAUUAUCUGGAUCAAACGAGCCAUGUUCUGGACGAGUUGAAAUCUACUACAAUGGUGUCUGGGGAACAGUCUGUGAUGAUCUUUGGGACCUAAAUGAUGCUGCGGUGGCCUGCAGACAGCUAGGCUGUGGUCCUGCUCUGUAUGCUCUACAAACAGCCCAGUUUGGGCAAGGAACUGGACCAAUCUGGCUUGAUGAUCUGGUCUGCUCUGGAAGUGAAACUUCUCUAGCCGUGUGUGGGCACAGAGGAUUUGGGAUUCACAAUUGUGGACACGUAGAAGAUGCUGGUGUCAUCUGUUCAAAUCCUUCAAUCAGAUUAUCUGGAUCAAACGAGCCAUGUUCUGGACGAGUUGAAAUCUACUACAGUGGUGUCUGGGGAACAGUCUGUGAUGAUCUUUGGGACCUAAAUGAUGCUGCGGUGGCCUGCAGACAGCUAGGCUGUGGUCCUGCUCUGGGUGCUCCAUAUUCAGCCCAGUUUGGGCAAGGAACUGGAGAAAUCUGGCUUGAUGAUCUGGUCUGCUCUGGAAAUGAAACUUCUCUUGCCUUGUGUGGGCACAAUGGAUUUGGGACCCACAAUUGUGGACACGGAGAAGAUGCUGGUGUCAUCUGUUCAAAUCAUUCAAUCAGAUUAUCUGGAUCAAACGAAUCAUGUUCUGGACGAGUUGAAAUCUACUACAAUGGUGUCUGGGGAACAGUCUGUGAUGAUCUUUGGGACCUAAAUGAUGCUGCGGUGGCCUGCAGACAGCUAGGCUGUGGUCCUGCUCUGAGCGCUCCAAUAUCAGCCCAGUUUGGGCAAGGAACUGGACCAAUCUGGCUUGAUGAUCUGGUCUGCUCUGGAAGUGAAACUUCUCUUGCUGUGUGUGGGCACAGUGGAUUUGGGACUCACAAUUGUGGACACUACAAAGAUGCUGGUGUCAUCUGUUCACAGAUUCCUCCUAAACCAAGCAUCACCAUGGACCCUGCAGGCAUCGUUACCUUUGGUGACCUCAUUGCCAUCACUUGUUCUGUCUCGACUCAAUAUCUAGGCGGAUCAUUCACCCUGCAGAAGACAACUGGAUCAUUCACUAAGACCCAACAAUCAAGUACCAACUCCUCCACUUUCAGAUUUCUUGAAGCCAAUAAUAAUCAUGAGGGAAAUUACUAUUGUUAUCAUCAGAAAACUGUGGACCAUCAAACUUUGACCUCGCCUAAUAGUGACAGUGUCACAGUUUCUGUUUCUGACAACUAAAGUUAUGGCAGGAUUAAUAAACUUCCUUUGUCAGUUUCCCAAAAUGUACCUUUUAUUCAAGUUAACUAUUUUUACCAAUGGCUGCCCUAAACUAAUCUAAUCUAAUGCGUGUUGUAUGAGACAAGUGUGUAAGUUGUCACUGUUUUACCAGCAAAGUAAAUGUUGGUGCUGAUCCAGAGCAGAGGUGGUAGGUUCUAUUCUGUGAAUAAAAGCAAAUUAUUUACUAUUCUGUAAAUAAAAGCAAAUAACUGUUUGACAAAAUUGAUGAGAUUAGAAUACAUAACAUAAUCCACAUUAAAACCUCUAUGAGGAACAAACUUUGUGUCUACAUCAUUUGCCUAAAAAAAAAAAGUGUUUUGUAUUAUAAAAAAACAAAACAAAAAUCAACAACAACAACAACAACAACACUUUGUUUAAAUGUAUUUUUGUAAUUAUGGUAGAUAGCCCAAUGAGAGCAAAAAUAAAAAAGAACAUUUGUUACAUACUGAGUUCAAAAAAUCUCCUGCGUAAACUUAAAGCUUUCCUGUGACUUUGUUCAAUCAUCUCUGUAGCCAUUGAUACUUAGAAUUUUUCUUCAUAAUUCAUUUUAUGUAAAAUCUUCUAUGUGACAAAAUAUGAUUGUUUUAUUUUUAUAUUUUGAGCCUGUUUACAUCUCUGACUUCAUACUGUAAUUACCAUUGGUCUAAACUUGAUGGCGUUCUUGUCUGGUGGUUCAUUUCAAUAAAUGAUGU